UAGACGCAAAGAAUAUUUUAGGGUGAAUUGAUAGGUGAGAAGGCUACUAUUUGAUAAUAUUUGAAACCCCACCCCCACCCCCACCCCCACCCCCUACCAAACUAAUCUCAAUCUCCAGUUGACUGCAAGAGUGUACAGUGACCUCUAAUUUGAAAGUGAAAGAGAAAUGACGCUGAAAUUAUACGUAGAUCGUAUGUCUCAAGCAUGUCGUGAAGUUAUCAUCUUCUGCAAGGUAAAUGGGAUAGACUUUGAGGAGGUUCGCAUAGAUCUCUCCAAACGCCAGCAAUUGUCUCCUGAAUAUCGAGAAAUUAACCCCAUCCAGCAAAUACCAGCUAUAGUGGAUGGAAGCUUUAAGCUUUCCGAAAGUCAUGCGAUUCUUAGAUACCUGACUUGUGCAUAUCCAGGAAUUGCGGAUCAUUGGUAUCCAGCUGACUUAUACAAAAGAGCAAAGGUUGAAUCGAUGUUGGAUUGGCAUCGUACUACUUUCCCUCGUGGUCCAGGUUCAUAUUUCUUUUAUGCUGUUUUUGCUUCUGCUGUUGGGAGGCCUUUGAAUGCAAAAGCAGCAGCAAGAACUGAGAAGAACCUUAUAGCAGCUCUUGCAAAAAUCGAGUCUGUUUGGCUCCAGAAAAAAGGACGGUUUUUGCUUGGUAGCAACCAACCGUCAAUUGCAGAUCUUAGCUUAGCGUGCGAGGUUAUGCAACUUGAGGGUCUGGAUGAGAAGGAACACGAGAGGAUAUUAGGCCCAUUCAAGAGAGUUCUGAAGUGGCUUGAUGACACGAAAAAUGCCAUGGCACCUCAUUUCGAAGAAGUACAAUCAACCGUCUCCAAAGCUAAAGAGAAGUUGCAAAAGCAAAGAAAUGCGGCAGGAAGUAAUACUACUCAGUCAGGCAGAAAACCUGUCCUGCACUCAAAGAUAUGACGAAGCAGUCGUUAGGAAACCAGACGCUGCAUUAUGCUCGCAGCACCAUGGAUGAACGUUCUAUUUGAAGCUGACCAGGAAGAGAAUUCUGGUCCGAGUUUUCCUACUAUUUUUGCUUUGGAUACUUUCCUUGGUAUUUGUAUUCAUGAAAUAAGUGCAUUAAUCUCUUCUGCACACAUUAUGUUAGUGUUCCUUGAUCUUGGGAACAGAUCUGUUAGUUCUGUACUGUAUGAAUCAUUUGAGUUUUGAAUUUCAUCUACUAAUGUAACUUCAGCUUUGUACUUCCUAAUGCAUUACUUUAUACUGUUUCCUCUUC